CGCGCCAGCCAACCUCCCUUCGUAACGCCCUCCACCGUCAUCCGCCUUUCGCCUGUCUCUACUCCUCUCGACUACCGCUAGCCAUGGGUCUCUCCGUUUCUCGUCUUCUUUCUGGCCUUUUCGGCAAGAAGGAGAUGCGGAUAUUGAUGGUUGGUCUCGAUGCCGCCGGUAAGACCACAAUUCUCUACAAGCUCAAGCUGGGCGAAAUCGUCACGACGAUCCCCACCAUCGGCUUCAACGUCGAGACUGUCGAGUAUAAGAACAUAUCGUUCACCGUCUGGGAUGUUGGAGGGCAGGACAAGAUUCGUCCGCUCUGGCGACACUAUUUCCAGAACACCCAGGGUAUCAUCUUCGUGGUGGACUCGAACGAUCGGGAACGUAUUUCGGAGGCGCGUGAGGAGCUCCAGCGUAUGCUCAACGAAGACGAGCUGCGCGAUGCUCUGCUCCUCGUCUUCGCCAACAAGCAGGAUCUCCCGAAUGCUAUGAACGCCGCCGAGAUUACCGAUAAGCUCGGUCUUCACGGCCUGAGGCAGCGCACUUGGUAUAUCCAGGCGGCGUGUGCGACUAGCGGUGACGGCCUGUACGAAGGCCUCGAGUGGCUCAGUGCCAACAUCAAGCGGCGCGUGUGAACGGUGGCUUUUCUCAUCGUAUCGGGUCCCUGCUUGGCUAGUUCGCGUCAUGCCUUACGAUCCGUGACGAGCCCCGAAAAGAACCGCCUUUACUCUCUUCAUAGUCACUGUGUUCCGUUGAUGACCGUUUUCACCUGAAGUACUGGAUCCGAAGUCUCUAACCACUUUAUCUUGUUUCUGCUGUAUACACUACGCAUUCGUGCAUGCACGGUAGAUUCCCCCUCUCUCGCUC